ACAAACAUAAAAACAUAGAUACGAGUAAUUAUUAUACACAGCAAAACAGGAUCGAAACCACCAAAAGACCAAUCAUACUAAUGGCCCCCAUUCAACGCACUUUCUCGGAUAUCUCACACCAAAUAUCCACAGACAACACUCUAGCAAAAGAACCAACUCCAACCGCAACCACAACAACUUUAUUGUCCUUAGCAGCGAUAUCCGAAGUGGAAGAUGCAAAGUGCGAGUGUUGCGGCAUGUCUGAAGAGUGCACACCAGAGUAUAUAAGCCGUGUGCGUUCAAAAUUCUCAGGGAAGCUGAUUUGCGGGCUAUGUUCAGAAGCGGUGGAGCAAGAGAUGGAGAAGAUGAGCAACAGUGAGCUAGUGGUGGAGAAGCGGCGUGAGGAGGCAGUGAAGGCACACAUGAGCGCAUGUUCCCGGUUCAACAGGCUGGGCCGGAGUUAUCCAGCGUUGUUUCAAGCAGAAGCCGUUAAGGAAAUUCUCAAAAAGAGGUCUAAGACGAUGGUUAGACCCACCAAGUCUGAAAAAGGUGGUCUCGCUAGGAGCUCUAGCUGCAUGCCUGCUUUGGCUAAGGAGCUAAAAGAUCGUGCUUUGGUUAAUUAGUAUACUCAUAUAUGCAAAACGUUUAUGUAUGUUUUUCGAUAAAGCCGUACGUAUAUGUUACUAUGUUCAUAUAAAGAUACAAAGUUACACGUAGAGAGGGAGAAGGGUGUUAACUUAGUUAUGUGUACGUAUGGUAAAGAAACUGAUGGAAGUAAACCGUGUAAUGUUUUUUUCCCGUGUGAUGUAUAAAUAAAUUUUUUUUUUU